AUGGACGCUGGUAAUAAAUAUGAACGGCCUUCACAUCCUAGAGCCAAAGCCAAUAUCCUCGAAAUCCUCACAUUUGGAUGGAUUUACAAACUCUUCAAAAUUGGAGAAAAAAGAGAUUUAGAAGUUAAUGAUUUGUAUGCAACACUAAAGGAUCACACUUCAUCAUCAUUAGGCAGGGAAUUAGAGGAAAAGUGGAAUGAUGAGCUCGCCAAUGCUAAAAAGGCCAACCGACCGCCAAAUUUAACAAGAUCUUUGAUCAAAAUGUUUGCGCUCAGAUAUUUUCUAUAUGGAUUACUACACUCCAUCAUCGAACUUUUUCUAAGAAUGACUCAACCAUUGCUCAUCGGUGGAUUGUUAUCGUACUAUAACCCUAAUUUGUCAAACAAAGCACAUAAUAUAAACGAAGCAUACAUGUAUGCAAUAUUGUUGGUAUCAAACAUGCUAGUUACAUUAGUCAUGUAUCAUGCAAUACAAAUUGAAAUUUUACAUUGCGGGAUGAAGAUGCGUAUUGCCUGCUGUUCAUUAAUAUUUAAAAAGGCAUUGAGACUAAGUAAAACGGCUCUUGGGGAAACUACUGUUGGCCAAGUAGUAAAUCUGUUAUCAAAUGAUGUAAAUCGGUUCGAUAGUGUAGUAAUAUUUCUCAACUACCUAUGGAUGGGUCCUUUUCAAACAAUUUUAGUCACAUAUUUUUUGUGGCAAGAAAUUGGAGUCUCAUCAAUAAUUGGAGUAGGGAUAUUACUUAUAGCCAUUCCAAUACAAGGUUGGAUAGGAAAAAAAAUUUCUCAGUAUCGAUUAAAUACAGCCAUUCGGACUGACGAGAGAGUACGUUUGAUGAAUGAAAUAAUUUCAGGAAUUCAAGUUAUUAAAAUGUACACUUGGGAAAAACCUUUCGCAAAUUUUGUAGAAUAUGCAAGAAGAAAAGAAAUAAAUGAGAUUAAAGGAUCAUCGUAUUGCAGAGCUGUAAUGUUAUCGUUUGUGUCUUUCCAUACUAGGGUUGCAAUGGUUUUAAGUAUAUUUGCAUAUGUGUUACUCGGAAACUAUAUCUCUGCCCAACAAGUAUUUGUCAUAACAUCGUAUUAUAAUUUAUUGAGGAACACAAUGACAGGUUUUUUUCCUCAAGGAAUUGCGAUAGGAGCGGAAAUGCUUAUAUCUAUUAAACGACUCCAGAACUUUUUAAUGUACGAAGAAAAAGAGAGCCAAGAAGCAAAUCCCUCAAAAUCUGAUAAGAAAGCUGCGAAUAUUUAUAAAAAAGUCAUAAUUACUAAUGAAAAUUUGUCAUCGGUUAAUACAAAAUAUAAUGGCAAUGGCAAUCGAUCACCUGAAUUAAACAACAUUGGGAUUAUCGUAAACAAUGCUACAGCUAAGUGGACAAAUGCUCAAACCGAAAACUCUCUAGAAAAUAUUAAUCUAACUGUAAUACCUGGUAGACUAGUUGGAGUUAUCGGUCCUGUAGGAGCUGGAAAAAGUUCAUUAUUACAAGCGAUUUUACGAGAAUUACCGCUAUCAGAAGGAAAAAUUACAGUGAAUGGUGUAGUUUCUUAUGCAUCACAGGAACCGUGGUUAUUUGCUGGUUCUGUGCAACAAAAUAUUCUAUUUGGUUCAGCAAUGGAUGACGAGCGUUAUAAAAAAGUUAUACAAGUUUGUGCAUUAAAAACUGACUUGGCACAGUUUCCAUAUGGUGAUAAAACAGUUGUGGGAGAAAGGGGAGUUUCUCUCAGUGGCGGACAAAGGGCGAGAAUAAAUUUAGCACGAGCUGUAUACAAGCAAGCGGAUAUUUAUUUAUUGGAUGAUCCUUUGUCAGCUGUGGAUGCUCAUGUUGGCAGGCAUUUAUUCAGAAAAUGUAUUAAAGGUUACCUCAGAGAUAAAACUUGUAUUCUUAUUACUCAUCAAAUACAAUACUUGAGUAGCGUGGAUCAAAUUAUUCUCAUGCAAAAAGGAAAUGUUUUAACUGAGGGUUCAUACCAGGAACUUCAGAAGUCUAAUUUAGACUUUACGAAAAUGCUUGGGUCACCUGCUGUAGAAACAACAUCCUCAUCUCUUAAUGAAAAUACUUCCAAAAAUUCAAGUGGUAAUAAUGAUCGAACAGCUUAUAGUCGACAAACGUCUAUACAAAGUAUCGCAUCAUCAAUUGAAGAUAUACAAAUCAGCGAAUCUCAAGAACAGCCUGCUGAUACAUCUGAAACUCGAACAUCAGGAAGUGUUUCAAAAAAGGUUUAUUCGUCGUAUUAUCUUGCUGGUGGAAGUUGUUUUAAAAUAUUGUUCUUCUUUGGCAUUUGUAUUCUCACUCAAGUACUGGCAUCAGGCGGAGAUUUUUGGAUGACCUAUUGGGUAAAUCUAGAAGAACGUGUUUUUUAUAGAGUGGACAGUGUUUCCACUUACAAUAGUAAACCAACCGGCGAUGCGUCUACAACAUUAUUGUGGUGGUCAAUUUCGCGAGAGACAUGUAUCUAUGUUUUUGGUAUUCUAACUUUAACUAUGAUAGUUGCGAUUAUCAUCAGGUCCAUUUUAUUCGUAUCAGUUUGUAUGAAAUCUUCAAUGACUUUACACAAUAACAUGUUCAAUUCUAUAACAAGAUCUACAAUGUAUUUUUUUAACACAAAUCCAUCAGGACGAAUUCUUAACCGAUUUUCAAAAGACAUGGGAGCUAUUGAUGAGAUGUUACCAGCAGCAUCAUUGGAUUGCAUACAAAUUGGAUUAUUAUUACUGUCAAUUGUAAUAAUUAUUGGAAUUGUCAAUUUCUAUCUUAUGGUACCUACUUUUUUCAUGGUCAUAAUAUUUUACAAAUUUCGAGUAUUUUAUUUAUCAACUUCCCGCAGUGUCAAACGAUUGGAAGGAGUUACAAGAAGUCCCGUAUUUUCCCAUUUUAAUGCAUCUCUCCAAGGUUUAACUACAAUAAGGGCGUAUGGAGCAGAACAAAUUAUAUCCAAUGAAUUCGACAACCAUCAAGACCUACAUUCUACGGCUUGGUAUUUAUUUAUUUGUUCAAGUAGAGCAUUUGGAUUGUGGUUGGAUAUGAUAUGUUUUGUUUUUAUAUCAAUUGUAACAUUCAGCUUCUUGAUAAUCGGAAAUAACACAUAUGGAGGAAAUGUUGGUCUAGCUAUUACACAAGCAAUAGGCCUGGCUGGAAUGUUCCAAUGGGGAAUGAGACAAUCAGCUGAGUUAGAGAAUCAAAUGACUUCAGUCGAAAGAGUACUCGAAUACACAAAUGCUCCACAGGAAGAUGCUCUCGAAUCAUCGCCAGAAAAAAAACCAUCUACGGAAUGGCCAAUGAGUGGGACAAUUACUUUCAAAAACUUUUACCUCCGAUACGGCAAAGAUAGUCCAUUUGUAGUCAAAAAUCUCAAUAUAAAAAUCGAGUCAAUGGAAAAAGUCGGAAUCGUAGGGAGGACUGGUGCUGGAAAGUCAUCUUUAAUUGGAGCAUUAUUCAGAUUAGCCAUCAAUGAAGGCAGUAUCAUCAUCGACGAUAUAGAAAUACAUGAUAUUGGACUUCAUGACCUGCGGUCCAAGAUUUCUAUCAUCCCUCAAGAACCUAUUUUGUUUUCAGGAACAAUGCGAACCAAUUUAGAUCCAUUUAAAGAAUAUCCGGAUCAUAUUCUUUGGAAUGCAUUAGAUGAAGUGGAACUCAGGCAUAUUGUUGAGGAAUUACCCAAUGGUCUGAAUUCAAUGAUGUCUGAGGGUGGUUCAAAUUUCAGUGUUGGCCAAAGACAAUUGGUGUGUUUAGCUAGAGCUAUUGUAAGAAAUAAUAAGAUUCUUAUAUUGGAUGAAGCCACUGCCAAUGUUGACCCACAAACUGAUAUAUUUAUCCAAAAUACCAUUAGAAAUAAAUUCCGAAUGUGUACGGUAUUAACCAUUGCUCACCGUUUGAAUACAGUGAUGGAUUCAGACAAGGUACUUGUAAUGGAUGCAGGUGCAAUGGUUGAAUUAGACCAUCCACAUAAUUUGUUGAAAAAUAAAAAUGGGUUCUUAUCUAAAAUGGUGGAACAAACUGGGCCAAUCAAUGCAGAAUUGUUACAUAGUACAGCUUCAGAGAGCUAUAAUAAUAUGAUUAUAUCGAAAGAAUAUCCUAUAAAAUCUUGAAAAUAAAAUGUCUUCAAAUUUUCAUAAAGUCGAUGGUUCCUUAAUACUUAUUUUCCUGUAUGCAAUAAAUACCUAUGGCAGCAUCAAUUCAACUUUUUUCUAGUGAAGAGUGCUGUUUAUGAGCUCUGAUAGUAUAUAAUUGUAUUUAUUAGUUUUAAGUUAAAUAGUAAAUAUUUAUCUAAUUUUAAUUGUAAAUCUUAACAUACUUUAAAAAUAUGUUAUAAUGCUUUUGUCAAUUGUCAUUUAUUAAUAAUUAUCAUGUAUCAUAACUCAUAAGACUUUGUUGUUUAUUUGUCCACUAAAAAGAAUUUUUAAUUAAAA